UAGUUUUCAAAACUCGGGACGACAACAUCCAUCGUCGGAUCUUCCACAGAAAAAUACCAAACCAAACCAAACCAUAUCAUAGCUCGUGAGUGAUUGACACCCCAAUUUAGCGGUUCAAAUCGUGAUAUUGUGAUAUCAAACAACAUGUUGAGACAGUGGGCUUGCCUGCUCCUGCUCGGGUCCAUCUCCAUCCAGGCGGUGCCCUUCUAUGGAGACUUUAUGCAACAUUUAACACACCCAUUGCCGCUGCAUCGCACUAUGUUCGCGCCCAUACCACUAGCACCGCUAGCACCGCUAGCACCACUCGAGCCACUCGAUCUGGAGCCCAUGCAUGCACAGGCCUCGCAGCGAGUGGCAAGUGUCUGGGGACAUGGUCCGCCCGGCCCCGUGCCGCUGGCCGCCCAGCGACCACAAUCUCACCUGUUGCCACUCUUCAGCAGCGGCAGUAGCUAUGACACUGAGUUCGUGCCCCUGGAGCAGCAGCAGCAGCAUCAACAGCCACAGGGACGUCAGGAUGUGGGACCAGCGCCUGGACCCGUUCCGCCAGCAGGUGGAGUGGAGCAGAAACCAUUCAAUGUGGACGCCAUCACCACGGAUGUGAAUGCCCCCAAUCCAGCCAUAUUCUUCCAGCAAUCGUUCCCCUUCUUUGGCAAUGAGUUCUUCAACUCAUUUGGCGGCUUGGGCUUCGGCACUGCACAGGAGCCCUGGUGGAAGGGUCCCAAUGUGUGCACCGAGAAAGAGGAAGGCGAGACAGUGGCCACAGAGACCGAGGCUGAUGAAACCGUCGCCACCUUUGGCCAGGAACGUGACGGCGUCAGCAGCGCUGUGCGAUCCCCACUCUUCGGUCAGUUCCAGUUCAGCGUAAACUCCUGCAUGGAGAAGCCCAACAAGCACGUCUGCACCAAGAUCGUCAAUCAAAAUGGCAAAAAGAAGACCCUGACGCUGACACGUCAGUGCUGCCAUGGCUAUGGACGCUCGAGGAACGCGGACUUUAGUACACCCUGCGAGAAGAUCGACAUCAAGGAUGUGGAGACCACGGCCAGCGACAUGGGAGCCAAGCAGUUCAUUGAGAGUGCCCGCAAAUCCGGAGAACUGGCCGACAUGCUGGGCCAGGGCAGUGGCAAGAUGGUGACCCUGUUUUUGCCCAAGGAUCAGGACUUUGUGGAGUACCAUGCCCAGCAGCCGCAGGAGAAUACCGUGGACCAAGCCAAUGCCGAUAAAUCGAAGGCCUCACCCAUCUACAAGCUGCAUGCAGUGCUCGGAGAAUUCCAGCUGGAGGAUGUGCCCAACGAGCAGCUGCUGCAGACGGAGGUGCCGGACCAGAAGAUCCGCAUCAAUAGCUACCAGCUACCACCAGCGCUGGGCCUCGAACCCUAUCGCUAUUCCGCCAACUGUGUGCCAAUCGAUAAGCACGACAAGCUCUCCGAGCAGGCACUCGUCCACACCCUGAGGGGAAUGCUGCAGCCCCUGACCAAGAACGUGAUGGAUAUCAUUCGCGAGCGUCCCGAUAUGUCUAUAAUGCGCACAGUUCUGGAGAAGACCAACCUGAGUGCCAUGCUGGAGGGCGAGAAGCCAGUGACCAUCUUUGUGCCCACCGAUGGGGCCUUCGACAAGCUGGAGCCGCAUCUGCGACGUGCCCUGAAGGAGGGACGUGGCUGUGCUUCGAACAUCCUCAAGAACCACAUGCUGGACCUUACCUUCUGCUCGCUGGCUACGGUUCCCGGUGCCAAGACGACGGCCUUCAAUCUGUUGGGUGAACCUCUGCUGCUCAAUCGCACGCAGCGCGCCGAGAAUCAGACUGAACCAUCUUCGAUCUUCAUCAAUAAUGUGGCCAAGAUAAUGGAAGCGGACAUUAUGGGCACGAAUGGCGUGCUCCAUGUGAUCGAUACCAUUCUGCCCACGGAGACGGCCCUGCCCAUGACCACUCUGAUAGCGCAGAAGAAUCUGACGAUCUUCAAGCAGCUGCUGGAGGCCUCUGGCUACGACGAUCAGUUCGAUGAUCUGGACAAUGCCACGAUCUUUGCGCCCACAGACAAGGCGCUGCAGAACACCGAGUGGGCCCGCCUGCUGAGGGAGCAGCCCGAAGUGCUUAACCACAAUCUGGAUCUGUUGGAGUUCCUCAACUAUCAUGUCGUCAAGCCCAUGAUCAAGACGUGCGAUCUGUCCGAGAAGUCCCUGCCCACGAUGGCCGGCUCCAAUGUCCGUCUGAAUCUGUACUCCACCCAUGCUCUCUUCUCGGAUGUGAUGAAUCGCGCCACCGUCAACUGUGCCCGUCUGGUGCACUUCGAUGACGAGAGCUGUGGCUCGGUGCUGCACCAGCUGGAUCGUCCACUGACGCCACCCAAGAAUAACAUGCUCAAGGUGCUGGAGGCCAAUCCGAGCUACAGCAAGUUCUUGGAACUGGUGCGCAAGGCCAAUCUGACCCAACUGCUGUCCAACGAUUCGAAUAGCUAUACCCUGCUGGUGCCCAAGAACGAUGUCUUCGAGGAGUUCAGCGAGUCGGGAGAGUCCCUCAAGCCCGCGGCCCAAACCCAAGCCGAACUGGUGGCCAUGGUCAAGACGCACAUUGUCGAGGAUGUUGUCUGCUGUGCUGGCAUCAUACCCACCAAUUGGCCCUUUGUGCGCUCCAUCGAAUCGAUUGGGGGUCAGCAUUUGCGCAUCACUCGCGAUCGUCGGCCCAAGAUCGAGAAUGCCGGCGUCACCAAGUGCGAUGUGGUGGCCACCAAUGGCAUUCUCCACGAGAUCAAUGACAUUAUUGUGCCGAGGCCACCGCGCGCCCAGCAGCAGCAGCGACCCCAGCUGAUCCCGCCAGGCGCUGGCUAUCAGCCACAGGGCGACUUCGAUGUCUUCUUCUGAGCGGAGCAAUGAUUCGCUGAUGAUCGCUCCCUUUCCACUAUCUCAAGCACAUAUAUGAUCGUAUACAUAUAUAUAAAGUAUAUAUUUAUAUUAACUCUUAACGAUUUGAUUUGUCAAUUGAUCGGCAUUCGCCCCAAAAGCUAUGACUUCACUCUGAUAAAUAAAAGAAAAAAAUAGUAUUAAAAAAA